GGUUAACAUAAACGAUCUUCUUUUAUACUCUUUUAAAAAGACGUUUAAGGCAUGUUUUAAAUCAAAUUAAACAUGGAGAGCAGGCUUUAUUGGAUUAUUAAAUUAUCUUUUUGUGUUCUCCCGCUAUGUGCAACGCAGUGCCCCGAUCACAAACCGUUUGCUUCAGAUGCAGGUUGCGUUUCGAAAUGUCCUGAACCAUUUUAUAUCAGGAACAAAACUUGUGUAUUUGACUGUGGGGAAGACUUUGUUGACGAAGCUCGAGAGUGUAUUCCAUCUUGUCCAGAUGGCUAUCCGUAUCAAGAAACAUUGAAGACUUUCGGAAAAGAAGUGUUUAUCGAAAAGAUGUGCAUAUAUAAUUGUUACAAUGGUGAGGUUAUUUUCAACAAUGAAUGUCUCGUACGUUGCCCAUCGUCUCAAAUGUAUUUAGACAUUAAAGAUACUCACCAUCGUUGUGUUUCCAAAUGUCCCGCUGAUAAACAGUUUUUGUUAAACAAUACCAAUAUCUACUAUUCACAGUGUAUACGCGAGUGUGAAUCAUUCAUUUCAGAUGGUUACUGUGUGACAAACUGUCCCAUCAAAAUGGUACAUUUAAACAAAAAGUGCAUGGAUAGUUGUCCAGAUUCUCAUACUAUUGUCUCAAAUGGUCAAUGCUUUCAAGAAUGCAAUGAUCACUCAAUACUUUCAGCCUGCAAAUGUCCAGAAGACAGACCUUAUCUUGAAAAUAAAACUUGUGUUACCAACUGCUCAGAAUUAGUUCAAAUAAAGAAGUAUUUAGCGGGGAAAGAAGAAGAAUAUGAAUGUGUAAAUGAAUGUAACCAGGAAUUGGUUGUAUACAACAAGACUUGUGUAGACAAAUGCCCUGCCGAUAUGCCGUUAUUAAUGAAUAGGACAUGUGUCAAAGUGUGUCCACCAGAUCAAAAUAUAAUUGUGGUCGUUACACCUCGGCUCACAUGCAACAUUACAGAGCCUGAAUGCGGUUGGAUUCCAGAGGCGGACUUUUUUGAAUAUUUAUUUUGCAAGGACUCUUGUCCAGAAAAUGAAUUUAUUUUUAAUCAAACUUGUGUAAAAUUUUGUUCGCACCCCCUAAUUGCGUGGAACAGGUCCUGUUUUACAACAUGUCCAGCAUCGGUGCCUUUGUUACAGUCGGGUGGAAUAACUGUUCAAUAUCAUAAAUGGGUGAAAGAAAAAGGGAAGAUGGGAAGCGUAUAUGGAAAAUCAGGUUUCUCCUUCUAUACCACUGAGAUAAAAGCAGAUACAUGCGCAGACACAUGUGUGGACCAAACAUUUUAUUUUAAUGGAAGUUGUUUACCGUCCUGUCCGUCUGAGGCAAACCAUGUUUUGGAAGGAAAAUGUGUUGGUUGUGCUAAAUUUACUCUCAAUGGAGACCUAUAUGCUCAAUGCGUUGAUGAAUGUCCAACUAAGUUUAUCAACGACAAAGUAUGCGUAGACAAAUGCCCGGAAGACAAGGCACAUGCGAUCCACAAUAAAUGCUCCAAAUGUCCAAUUGAGAAGCCUUUCGAACUGAAUAACAAAUGUGUCAAGAAUUGUAGAGAAGAAGGCGCGCUUGCUGAUUAUUCUUGCGAAAACUGUGAGGAUUCAGUUAGCGUCAAAUGUAUAAAUGUACAAGCUUGUAACGAGACAGUUAUGAUAAAUUACGAUGGAAGGUGCUUAAAGUAUUGUCCAGACGGAUAUUUGUUCAUAGACUUCCUUUGGAUUCGUUGCUACAAGAAGAAAACUUCCAUUAUAAUAUUGGUAACAUCACUUUUGUUGUCAUUUGUCGUUGGAAUAUGCUACCGAAAACUCAUCCAGAAAUACAUGUAUUUCAUGUAUGCAUGCUUUUCAAUACCGGCAGAGAUAAAAAAUGCUGAUAUUCCAUUUGAAGAGCAGCAAGUAAUUGGCAUUAAAGUGUUCGAAACAAGACUUUAAGUAGGAUCUAUAAGAGGCUAUGCAAACUACAGGGACUCGCCCAAUAGCCAAAAGCCUGUUUUAGCGCAAACUGAUCAAAGCCAAACAGACAAGGGACACAACCUUCAAAACAACGAACAUUAUACAAAUAUCAAAAUAUCGUCGUUGAUCAUGCUUCUAUUCCUCUGACAGUGUAUUACCAUUAACUUUUCUCAAAGCUUUUACUUAAAUACUGUUCGAGUCAAUAGUUCUUCUAGGUCGGUCGGAAACCAACAAUCCCUUGUUAUUGGUUACAGAUGUGCGUUAUAAGAUUUUUUUCUCGCACAUAGGUAUCGGUCAAAGACUGUGAAAACAACUUUAUGUAUGAAAUUAAAUCACAAAUACAUGAUUCAUUAUGCGUUAUACCAAAGGCGUAUAUUUAAAUCUCCUAUUAAAACAUAUAGUUAUAAUGUAGGUGAUUUUUCGGAAUUUCUAACUGUUUUUUUUUCUUAGCGACCUAUCAUAGUUAACCAGAGGUAUACGAUGGCAAACGUAAAGUAGUAUAUGUUCGUCAAUAAAAAAUAUUAUCAAAUAUCUUUAAAAAUAUACGGUCUCGAACAUUUUAUAGUUCCAUUGUAUAGAACAUUUGCACCGUUCAGUCGUGUGCAGGUUUAAUUUUUAAGUGGUCAAAACGUGUUUGACGAUGGUACCACCGUGUGCUGGUCCGCUGAUAAUAUAAAGAAAGAGGUUGAAAUUGAAUUGAAACAUUGCUAUUGUUUCAGCUCAGAAACAUGUAUGUCUGCAUUUUG